CUGUGGCGGGACCGGGGGAUUACACGGAGGUUGUUACAAGUUUGCGGUCUUAGGAAUGGAUUAAACCCCUCUAAAAGGCUCUUUAGCCCAGGCGUAGGCUGUUGCAGCUGAGUUGAUCAUCGCGCUGCCCUCCCACGGCGUUUUUUGAGCGCAGUGGAAAGGCUGACUGGGAUUUUUUUUCGCCUCCCAGCUCGUUUUAUGAAGAAAUAUGCAGCUUAAUCUCCUUGGAGCAUGAAUAUAGGCAUGUAGUAGAAAUAUAGUAGAAAUUUUGCUGAUUAAGCUCGUUUAUUUGUUUUAAGAAUAUGCUUUUCUUGAAGAGACUUUCUUUCAAAGGGAGUUCUUCUCUAUAACCUGUUGUUUUUGGAGGAAAAAGGGGGCAUCUGUCUCCUGAGACGCUGGACAAAAUUCUGACCGUUUUUUAUUUCAUUUGCACACUUCCAUAUUUUAUGUUUGUAUCAUAACAUGUAUACAUUGUGACAACAUCAUCUAUAACAUGUACAUAUCACGAUACCUGAUUUCUAUCAUAUCACGUAUUUUUAUCGCAAACAAAAUACAUAAGCGAAGUACUAUUUUUUUUUUUUUUGCUGUAGGGUGAUUAUAGUUUGUUUUUUCUCAUUUCCACUUUGGUAAAAUGACACCAGUGCCUGGUUCUGGGCACUGAGGCACAAGUGGCACAUUUUUGCUACCUGGGCUUCCCUGGGAGUUACCGGGCCUUGCAGGAUUUAAUUCACAUGUGCCAGCACCCAGGAUCUGCAUGUUUGUGGCAAGGAAGAGGUACUCACUUAUCUUACUUAAGUGAUGGAACCAUACACUAAAGAAAAAAAAUCACCCUUGGAUCUUUGGGAUUCAUAUUUGUGUGAAAGAAUCUAGGAUGUUCCAAGAAAAGGCAUCAGACAAUUGCUUAAAUGUAGUAACAACAUCUACUGAAGAUGGUGCUUUCCAAAAGAAAGGCCACAGUGCAAGAGUCCUUAGCCCAGAGGAAGCUGAGAGACUGGCAAAAGAUCGGGUUUUGGUGUCUGAGUUCAAACAACUAAAACUGGAGAAAGAGGCACAGAAGAACUGGGAUCUGUUUUACAAAAGAAACAGUACCAACUUCUUCAAAGAUAGACAUUGGACAACUAGAGAGUUUCAAGAGUUAAAAGCAUGUCGUGAGUUUGCAGAUCAGAAACUGACCGUUCUGGAAGCGGGCUGUGGGGUUGGGAACUGCUUGUUUCCACUCUUAGAAGAAGAUCUGAAUAUUUUUGCAUAUGCCUGUGAUUUCUCUCCUAGAGCUGUUGAGUAUGUGAAGAAAAAUGCCUUAUAUAGUACCGAAAGAUGUAAAGUGUUCCAGUGCGAUCUUACCAAAGAUGAUCUUCUAGACAAUAUACCAGCAGAUUCUGUGGAUGUUGUCACACUUAUAUUUGUCCUUUCUGCCAUUCAUCCUGACAAAAUGAAUCUUGUCUUGAAGAACAUUUACAAGGUAGCACCAGCAGAUUUUACAGCCUUUAAA